AUGGGAACUGUCUAUAAUGACAGGAUGAUCGCCAAUCCGCAUUCUACAAGGGAAGAGAAAAAGCUUCAGACCUGGUGGAGAGUUGCGAAUGCUGUGUUUCAUGAAAAGUUUGUCAAUCGAUUCUGCGAGCUUAACGAUAACAUGAAGAGGAAAGACUACGAAGCCGCUCAUGGCAGAAAUCCCAUCAAAACCUUUUGGUUGGAAGUGUCGGAGUUCGUCAAUGAUACCCAGAACAAUCCGGUGUUGAGUGUGGUGCUGUACAGUGAUCCUGAUGUCUACAAAGACGGUGACUGCGAUCUCCGUCUUUCUGAGUGGGUGCUGGAAGAAGAGCCAAACCUGAAUGACUUCACUCCUCAGACCUUUGCUUCGUGCCAACAGCUGAUGAAUGAUGUCAUGAAGGCCAGAGAACAAUGCUUGAAGCAGAUGCGGAUGUCUGGAAUGCACAGCAAUGACAUGUGGACUUAUUGUACCAACACAAACCUCACGAAGAUUAGAAGCAGUAGUGCCCCUGUUCCCGCGAAGGUUGUCUACUAUUGUCAUGUUCUGUCCAACUACAACCCAUCCAUCGAUGGGAAGUUCGCCUCUUUCUUGAGUGCGAAAUUGAAGAGCGACUCCGAAGUUGACUUAACAGUGAGUGAUGAUGACGAUGCUACCGCUGGUGCUGGAAGCAAAGCCAAGAAUAUGGCCGCGAUAGUGUCAUCCAUCAAGAGCACCACAUCUGCCAUUCAAGCGAUGGUGGAAACCAAGUCUGAAACCAAAUCAGAUGACAGCGCUCAAUGGAAAGAAUACACAGGCAUGGCCGAAAGAUUCCUUGGAAUGGUUGGCAACAAGGCUAUGCUCCCUUUGCUUCGAAACAUGGCAAUCCGCUUGAGGAAGUUAGAAGCUUUGCUUGGAAUUGCCAACUCUGUCACGGUUGGCGUUGUUCCUGGAGACGUCGUCACCAACAAUUCAGGAGCAGACAACACGAGUGAGAUGACAUCCAAGUAG